CUGUGCUCGUGCAGUACACCGGGACUUUUUGAGCUCGCGCUGGUCAUCACACCGGAGCAACAUGGCGCUGAGCGCGCGCAUCUUCGAGUCUACAAAGAAUUGUGAAGGAAAAGGAGCCGUUUCCUGUCAGGAUUCAUAAAUAAACACCGGAACUCGGUCUGGAAGCGGCGGAGGCUCGCGCCAACAUGAGCGACUCUACUACAGGGCUGCAGUGUUUAUAAAAGCAGAUGACUCUGAAGAUGAUCAAUGGAAACUUGAAGGUGAAGUUCUGUCCGUCUCUCCCCUCAGAGCGCGUGCUCUGCUCCGGUGCCGUCGUGUUCCCCGGUGUGUUUGAUCAGCUCGGAUGUGCGCUGGUCAUUUUUCCCUCGGAGUUUCAGGAUAAACUGCUGUGUGAUGUCACUAAAGAGGAAGUGGCGGAGUUUGUGUUUUAUUGUCAGCGGCUGCACAGUAAGAGCCGCUCGGAGAGUCUGGUGUCCGUCGUCGCUGAUCUGAGAGACGCUUCCCUCGCCGUGACGAGACGCGUGGCCGAAAUCCUCCUGCUGCUGCAGCUCCACCAGCGCACCGUGCACUCGCUCUAUGCCGUGCAGCCCAGAAAGAGAGACGCCCAGAAGCUGCUGCAGAAACUCCUGAGUCCGUCCAAACGCUCGGCCACGCCCCUGCUGCUGAAGUGUGUGUUCCUCAGAGAAGUGUUCGAGCUGAGUAACUACGUGGACCGCAGUCAGCUGCCCGCGAGUCUGGGAGGAUAUUUUAUCUACAGCCAUGAGAGCUGGGUCUCCUUCAUCAAAGAGAUGGACGGUUUUGUGCGGGAGUUUGUGUCUGUGGUGAGGAAGUUGCCGGUGUGUAUCGGCGCUCUGCAGGACUUCUCGACUCUCUCGGUUCCUAGCGAGUACGAGCCUCUGGCAGUUUUCUGCUCCACGAACGAGGCGCGACUCGAGCGUCUGCGCAGGGAUCUGGGUCUGGACGCCUUGUUGAGGAGGUGUGAGUGUGUGUUGGAGAAGUUUCGUUAUCCUGAGAGGGACCCAUGUUACCAGGCCAUGGUGGGAACCGUGCUCUUCACACACACUGCUCUGGAGAUGCUGCAGAACUACGACAGAAUCCGGGCGGCGGUGGAGAAAGUGGAGUUGCUGUGGAGACGUGUUUUCUCCAACGCUCGUCUCCAGCUGCACGUCCUCCAGCUUCAGAGAGAUGCACAACAGGUUGUGUGUGAGAUGCAGCAGGUUCUGCAGAAGAUGCAGUCGUACACACCGGAGACGCUUCGAGACUCGGACCGAGCCGAGACGCUGCGGCUGGAGUUCGACACGUCUGUUCACUCUCACGUCACGGCACUGGUGCGUCGUGCUGAGGAUGUGUUAAACAGUGUAUCGGAGACUGUGGCGUUCAGACAGACCCGGGAAGGACACGCGUGGAUAAAUGAGCUGGAGACGCAGACGGAGAAGCUCCGAGCGCUCGUGGAGUUUCAGAACAGGAACCUGAACACCGUCUGCACCUUCCAUCACUGCUACCGUCAAGUCCAGAGGUGGUACCAUGUGGCAGUGUGCGAGAGCUUCCUGCAGGAUCUCCUCUGGAGAACUUGCUCGGACAAACGUGAACAUCUUCGCUCACAAGAGCAGCGUGAAGUCUUCUCGGUGAUCGAGGGGUUUCUCAGGUCGCAUCCUCCUCCUGAAGCGGACGAGCUAAUGCAGUUAGCGCACCUGGCUAAUAUCGUACCUGAUGCACACCUGGAGAACGCGGGGAAGCAGCUGGCGCAGAGGUGUGCGAGUUUACGCAAGGUGUUGUCGUCUCCUGCUUCUGUGGCGUUUCGGGACCUCCAGCUGGCUCUGCAGUGGCAGUACGAGUACCUCAAGGGCAGACAUGAAAUCGCAGAUUCGACCUCUGACCUUCACACUCGGCGUGUCCUUCGAGAUUCGGAUUUCUCUCCACACUCUCUACACGUCGACGCUUCGAAAAGACGUGGCGCAAACUAUCUUUCGCUGCUUCAGUCCGGAGCAAAGCCGCCAUCCCUCAGCUCCUUUGAUUCUGGGUUUGACGGAGCAGGAAGUGGUCAUCUUGAAACAGGAAGUGGGAAGACAUGCCAAGAAGUCGAGGCAUCCAGAGCGAAAUCUCCUCAUCUGCAUGUCUGUGAGGAGAACGUCUCCAGCGUAUCGGAGGGUCUCCCUGAGGAGAAGUCUCCUCGAGCCCCAGGUAUCUGCAUCAUUCCGAAUGCGAGCGGCGACUCUGUAAACUUUGAGAUCACCGUGACACGCUCGGCCACGCUUCCCAAAAACCCCUGGCUGAGUCUUCCUGUGGAUGAUCUGGAGAACUGCUACACUGUGAUCAUCUCUCCCAGCCAGCAGAGGGCGACGAGGCGCUGCGACCGGUUAACGCAGACCACGCAUACAAGCGUGUGCAAUUUCCAGGACCAGAGUACUGACUGGAGCCCCAUCCACAACGUUCUCUCAAGCACGGUUACAGAUGGAGGACGUGAAGCUGAAACGUCUGAGACAGUUCCCACGCUCCUCUGGGACUCGUAUGACCUCCAUGACCUCAUGCACGACUCCGAUAGCGUGUUGCUUGGCGAGUCGGAGUGCGAAUGGGAAAUAAAAGAGCAGCAAGAGCUCCGAGCUGUGGAGGACACGCUGAGCCGGGCGGCUGGAAUCCUGCAAGAGGAGGAGAGCGUCCUUGCUCAGGAGGAGAUCUUGGAUGUCCUCCUGGAAGCAGACAAUCCAAACAGAUUGUGGCCUUCGUGGAACGAAGAUCAUCAGUUUACUCAGAUGGCAUCCAGUGACUUGGUGGAAGAAGGUGUGAUUGGAUUGGAGGCUGGUCUUGCCUCCCUUAAUCUUGGAUCUGAUGUUUUGUCUCAGGAAAGUCCAAGAGUUAGUCAGAGUGGCAGUGAUACUCCAUCAGACCCAGGUUGUGACCCACUCCUUCAUCUUCAACUAGGAAAUGGAGGUCCUGAUCGAUCAGAGCUUUUGAAGGAGAUGGAAAAUCUGAAGCUCUUGGAGGAAAAGAUCGUCGAGGAGAACUUGAAAAUCAGUGAGCUGCGUCGCUGUGAGUCCGAGGAAGGGACGUCCUCUCUGAGCCUCAGUGAGGACCGGAAGAAGUUCCUCGAGAAACUGGAGCAAGAGACGAAAGAAGUGGAGGAGAUGGAGAGGAACCUGAGCAGGGAGAUGAAGAAAGGCAAGCUAAAGCGUCGGAGCAGGAGUCGUAAAGUUGUGCCGUGUUCCGUUAUGGGGAAAUCUUCAGUGUUGAAGGAUGAUGAAGCUCUCCUUAUGACCUGCAGAAGAUCAGCACAAGUCCUCAGUAAUGGGGAGCCGUGUUUUGAGGAACCCACCAAUCAUCAACCUUCAGACAUGGCUGCAGACGAUCACGUUCAAAGCAAAUGUUCAGGUACAGAAGCGUCCAUCAGUUCUACGUGUUCUAACGUAGCUUCAGGUUAUUUAACCAAUGACCACGUAAACACGGUCUUAACUUCUCAGGAUCUGCAGAGUAUCGCCUCUACUGCAUCGUCCGUAUCGGUUUCUGUGCCUUCACUCGUGGAAGAUGGUGUCCGCGGACGUGACUUUGAGACGAAAGAAAUGUCAGACUCGAUAUCUUCAAAUCUUUCUAAUCCUCAAGGUCUUGCUGUUGAAGAACCAGAAGAUCUCUCGGAUCCUCUCGAUGCGAGUGACGCGAGUGUUCACGUGGAUCCUUCAGAAACCUCGGACGCAACUGAGCGGUGCAAUGACGAUCUCGAGGUGGAAACCUCAACGUCAGAGGACGCAUCGUCUCCUGCGUUUGAUCCUGGUGGUCCAACACCUCUUCCUCGAUCUUUUAGACUGGAUAAAUGGAUGAGUGCAGAUUCUGUAGAAAACUCAUCCGAUCCCAAACCAAAAGAACGCAAGAAUCCUCCAUGUAGAACAUCACCAGUAGACCUCAAAAACCAGAAUGCCAACAAUAACAACCUUCACGCUGUGGAUCUCGCUGUUGGUUCAGAGAACGUGCUUGAAGAACCUGGAAGCUCUGAACGUAUCGACAGAGCUGAAGCUCCGAGAUCAGAUGCGAGGUGUGACCGUCUGAUCAACAGGCCUCCAUCAGAUCUGCUUGAAAUCGGGUCUGGACCUUCUGCAGCAGUGGGGAGAGAUGAGGUGGAAGUUCAAGAGCGUGAUGCUGACGGUGCCUUAACGAGACGUGUCUGCAGAUCAUCGGUGCAGGAACAUCUUCAGAUCUGCACUAGAGAGAUGAGUGCUUUUCGGACCCCUGUGGUGUUGGACACCGGUUCCAGUUUGGUGAAGGCGGGGUUUGCGGACCAGGACCUGCCCACCACCAUCUUCCCCACCGCCGUUGGACUGCCCAAGUACGAGGAGGUCAUGAGUGGCGGUGUGGGGCGUGGCGUGUAUGUGGGACACGACGCCCAGCACAUGAGGGGUGUGUUAACGCUUCAUUACCCGAUGAGGAGCGGCGCCGUGUCCGACUGGGAUCAGAUGGAGAUGAUCUGGAGUCACGCGUUUGAGCAGUUGCGUGUGUGUAGUGAGGAUCACCCCGUGUUGCUGACGGAGGGAGCGAUGAGCGCACGUGAGAACCGCCAGCGUUCCAUCCAGCUCCUGUUCGAAUCCUUCAGUGUUCCACUCGCGUACAUGGCGAUGCAGCCGGUACUGGCACUGUACACAACGGGCCGGACCACAGGUGUGGUGUUUGACUCUGGAGACGGUGAGAGUCACAGCGUCCCCGUGUUCGAUGGUUACUGUUUACCUCAUGCUGUUCAGCGCUUUAAUCUGGCAGGAGCCGACGUCACACUACACCUCAAACAGCUGUUGACGGAGCAGGGCGUGUGCAUGCGGACGUCGGCUGAGAUGGAGAUCGUGCGUGAGAUUAAGGAAAGCUGCUGCUGUGUGGCUCUGAACUAUGAGACGGAGCUUGGCGGAGGAGGCGGAGCCAGUGCACCGGCACAUUACACUCUACCUGACGGACACGUCGUGUCCUUGACGACGGAGCGGUUCAGAGCUCCGGAGAUUCUGUUCAAGCCGGAGCUGAUCGGUCAGGAUUAUUAUGGGAUGCACGAGAGCGUUUUCAAAUCUGUUCUUCAGUCGGACGUCGACCUGCGCAGGGACCUGGUGGGAAAUAUCGUCCUCUCAGGUGGGAACACCCUGCUGACCGGGCUUCCUGAACGUCUGCAGUGUGAGAUCAGUCGUUUGGCCCCUGUGGGUUUGGGUGAGAGGGUAAAGGUCACGAGUCCUGAAGAUCGAGACUUCUCUGUGUGGAGAGGAGGAGCUAUCCUCGCCAGCAUGUCGUCCUUCUCCUCUGCCUGGAUCAGCCAGGAUGAGUACGACGAGUUUGGACCCCAGAUUGUCUUCAGGAAGUGUUUCUGAGCCGCUUCAGAGCGGUGACCUUUCAGAACCGCUUUCAGGAGACAAAUGGGCAGGACACCUCUGUUCUGUUUUGUGUUUUGUUUUGUUUUGUUAAAGCAUUUGGCUUCGUCCUCCUCAGGAGACAUCUCUGGAGGGUUCGCUCUCUCUGAGAAUUCUCCGGAAGGACACCUUUCUUGUCAGGAGUCUGAAGGGUGCACUUUCUCACGAGGUGGCGUCUGUAUUGAGGGACACGCCCUCCGUUAUGACGACCCGCUCGCUGAGCGCUUCCUUUUGGCUGCUCCGCUCUUCAGAAGUGACUCGAGCGGGUCUUUCUCUUUCUAGCAUCUUUCUUCCGACUGAAUCGUCGAUCACGGUGCCAGAUUCUUCUUCCUGACCUGAUCUGUAUAUUUUGUCGUCGUCGUUUGUUCCUUGACGAGCUUUUAAUGUCACUCGUGAGAUGAAGGAUAAUAUUUCUCUUUUUUGUGUGAGCUUCAGACGGACGUCUCCGGAACGUCUUCAGGUUCUUGUAUAUUAAUCUUUAUGAUGAAAUCGAAGGAUGGAGAGUAUUUCUGUGAAUAAGCGAAAGCUCUGAAUGUUUACAUGUGGUGGUGUUUAAUCGUGGGUUUCAGGUCACGAACGUGCAGCCGGAGAUGAAGAUGAACAGACUUUUUUACACGUUUUUUUUUUUUUUUUUCACGUGCCUGCAUCACGUGAGACCGGUGACUCGACGUUUGUGCGUGCGUGUGAGCGUUCUCCGCUCGCGUGUCAUUGCUUUUGUUUGCUGUGUGGAUAAAUACAUAUCCGAUUGAUUUGAUUUUUAUUUUUUUUUGGACUUGAUGUUAAAGUUGUUGGUCACGUGAUGCUCGGUUCUUCACAGAAGUCAGUUUUCUGUCGUUCAUCACAAACUCUCGUUUUGUUUGAUAUUAUUUAAAGUAACGUUUGCUGUUGACUAGCCGGUUAGCUAGCGUGACUCCGAUCAUCAUGACGCCUCGAACACGCGGUUCCUCACGCGUCCCCGUUCUCCUGAUCCAAACUCCUCCUCCUCCUCCUCCUCCUCCUCUGGUUUUCUGAGAUGUUUUCACGUUUGUUUGUGUGGUUAUUUUCACGUUUUUGUGUGUCUGUAAAUCUCUUCAAUCCCAGUGAACGUUUAAUUCAGGAGUGGAAGUAGCGCUGGUACUCGAGCGGGAGAAGGAGACGUUUAAGGGCGCUGGUCUUCUCCGUCUCCGGAAAUGUUCACGUUUAUCCCGAAUCCUGAUCUCGCGCCCCUGUGUGUUUCUGCCAUGUGACCUGUUUUUAAAUAAUAAAUAUUUUAAUCGUAA